CCAGAUCUGUCUCACUACAUUGAGCCAGCGUAUAUUUGCUCUGUCUUUGUUUUCACGUCGUAACUGCAAAAGUAAUUGACACGCAUCCUGCUUGGAUCUCAAAGUAGCUAACUAAUUGAGUCAUUGACGACGAUGUUUUUCAUCGGAUAGUUUGGAAGAAUAUUGGUUCCACACCCCUGCAAAGUCCCAUUCUAUCUUCUUCUUCUGGUCCUAUAUUUCCAGCUGUAUGAAAAUCUUUUUCCGUCAACAAUGAAUCGAAUUUCCAUUCUGUCUGUCAUUUUCCGAUCUGACACCUUGUACCCACAUCUUAAUUCCUUGUUCCCUACUCAUUCUCACAAUCUAAGAAUGUAUUAAUGCGUUGUUUCAUACUUUUUUUUUAAUUAGUCUCACGCAAAAUAAGAAGGAUUUUGGUAGGAUGAUGAACACCCACAUGCUCAUACUAGUUCUUGGACUAACUUCAACAGCUUUGUUGGUAGUUCUCAUACUUGUCAUCUUGUUUUACCCCAAAAGAACGGUGAGAAAUGGUCGUGAAGAUAUAGAAAACAUGGACCAGAAGUAUGGAGUUGAGGCUCGGAUAGAGGACUUGAUCACUUUCCAUGGUGGGCAGGACCUGACAAUAAGUGACAUUCUGGAUGCUCCGGGCGAAGUGGUAGGAAAGUCCAACUAUGGCACGCUGUAUAAGGCCUUAAUGCAGCAGAGCACCACGUUGAGGCUGCUGAGGUUUCUGAGGCCAGUUUGCUGUGCCAGAGGUGAGGAAUUUGUUGAUGUGAUUCGGCUUCUGGGAUGUAUGAGGCAUCCCAACUUGGUGCCUCUUCUAGGAUUCUAUGCAGGGCUGAGGGGAGAGAAGCUUCUUGUUCAUCCAUUUUACAGGCGCGGCAAUCUGGCCGAAUUCAUUCGAGAUGGAAACGGUGACGCUCACAAAUGGGCCAUCAUUUAUAGCAUUUCAAUUGGUAUAGCCAAGGGUUUGGAUUAUCUCCAUACAGAAUUCCAGAAGCCCAUAAUCCAUGGAAACCUCAAGUCUAAAAACAUACUUUUGGAUUGCAAUUACCAACCAUACAUCUCAGACUUUGGCCUUCACCUUCUGCUGAAUGCUACUGCUGGCCAAGAAAUGCUUGAAACUUUAGCAUCUGAGGGCUACAAAGCUCCUGAGUUAAUCAAAAUGAGAGAUGCAAGCGAAGAGACUGAUAUCUACAGCCUUGGGGUAAUCUUACUUGAACUGCUUUCAGGGAAGGAACCGAUCAAUGAGAACCCAACUUCUGAGGAUGAUGAUUUCUUUCUGCCUAACUUCAUGAGAAACGCGGUCCUUGGACAUAGGAUCGGAGACUUAUUUCGUCCAGACAUACUUCUCAGCAACAACAAUGAAGAUGAGCGCCGGGUUACUGAAGAACGCAUCCUCAAAUUCUUUCAGCUUGCUAUGACAUGUUGUUCUCCUUCUCAUUUUGUCAGGCCCAAUAUCAAGCAAGUCCUCUGGAAGCUUGAAGAUAUAGGAAAAUAAGAACUUUGGUAUUUUGCAGAGAAUCCAACUAGGUACUGCUGGUACCUCAUUGCGAUGGUCGAUUUCGAGAUGCGCGAUGACAUAUCGAUCCUCUAAAACCUAUAAGAUUAUGUAUAUAUGUAAAGCAUAUAUGAUAAAUGAGUACACUUCUAUCCAAAAUAGUUGAA